AUUCGAAAUUCAAAUAGUUUUCUUUUUAUGUCAUAGGAUUUUACAGCCAGUGUUAGAUAAUAAUAAAUCGAUUGAUAACGGUGAAUUUAUUUUUAAACUUUUUUCUCGUAUUCCUUGGUGCUUUAUAGUGUCUAGUUUUAAGUGAGUUUAUAAAUAGAGGUGCACAUCCCUGUGGCUAGCAGUUGGAAGCGUCUUGUGGAGGAGCGUCGGACGAGUCGCCAUCAUGUACCGAACACUACUCCUCAUCAUUGUCUCCGUCUCCGUGAGCCAAUCAGCGCCUCAGGACCAGAUCUCGCAAGACCAGGCCGACCAAUCAGACUCCAGGAUUGAGAACCUCCCGCUUACCAUCCCGGGCAACAGCGACAAGACCAUCCGGGAGAUUCCUGAUGAGACUGAAGAGACCACUCCAUACCCUGAAGAUGUGACCGAGACUGACAUCUACGAAGACGUAAAGACAACAAUACCGGACUACAUUUACAAAACGACGAAAGCGCCACCGCCAAAAUUCUAUUCAAAAUUGAGUUACUUUGAGAAGGCGAGUGAACAGACCGGUGCGCUAAGGAACCUUGUCGAACUAGGGUUUAGAAGCAAUCGGAGGAAGUUCCGGUCCAACUGUCGCUGUGAGAAGAUCAGCAACUGUCCCAAGCUGCAGAUCACGGUGCCGCGCUGCCCCGAGGAGCAGUUCAUGUGCUGCUUCUGAACGCGAUAUGUGAUGGUAUGAAUUUGAUGUGAAUGUUCUGUGUGAAUGUAAUGUGUGAUG